GUAGUCWGUGACGUACUGUAAAAUGUCGGUGUCCUUCUUGUUAGAAUGGAGACACAUUUGUUAGCUUAUUUACUGUAAAUACUUUUCGGAAUAUUGUCGGUGGUGUCUCGUUUAUGAGAUUUCUCCCGACGCAUACAUGAUAAAGACACUAUGACACACUUGCAACUGGCAUCAUCUACUUUCACCGCUUCUACAUGUUUCACUCCUUCAAGCAGUUUCCCAGAUACGUGACAGGUGCCUGCUGUUUGUUCUUGGCUGGAAAAGUAGAGGAAACGCCAAAGAAGUGUAAAGACAUCAUUAAAACAGCGCGGAGCUUACUGAACGACGUGCAGUUUGCUCAGUUUGGUGAUGAUCCGAAGGAAGAGGUGAUGGUGUUGGAGAGGAUUUUGCUCCAGACUAUUAAAUUUGACCUGCAGGUGGAGCACCCGUACAUGUUCCUGCUGCGUUAUGUCAAGCAGCUGAAAGGGGAGAAGAAUAAAGUGUGCAAGGUGCUACAAAUGGCGUGGACGUUUGUCAAUGACAGCCUGUGCACCAUGUUGUCCCUGCAGUGGGAGCCAGAAAUCAUAGCGGUGGCGGUGAUGUACUUGGCGGGCCGCCUGUGUAAAUUUGACAUCCAGGAGUGGACGGCCAAGCAGUCGUCACGCCGCUGGUGGGAGCAGUUCGUCCAAGACGUCCCGGUCGAGCUACUGGAAGACAUUUGCCACCAGAUCCUGGACCUGUACUCUCAGGGCAACAAGCCCAUCCCCCAGCAGAUCCAGGAGAAGGAGCGAACCCCAGCUCCUCCCCUCUCUGCUCCUCCAAUCCCUCAGGGACAGCCCCCAGCCGCCAACCCUCCUCCCCCGCCACCCAAAAAGACGUCUCCACCAGGUGGCAGCCCUGCACGCCAGCUCAAACGCUCACAUACAUCACCAAAAGAAGAACCAAAGGCUCCAGAACAAGCUGGAUCAAAGAUUCCCAGACUGGAGAGCCCCAUGCCCCCACUGCCUUCAGCUCAGCCUCCUCCAGCUCCGCCCACAGAAGCCGAACCAGGAAGCGAAGCUGCUCCUCCGCCUCCGCAUGCCCCGCCUCCACACCAGCCCCCGCCCCUCCCCCACCGGCCGCCGCCUCCCCCGCCCUCCAGCUACAUCAUGUCCACCACCAGCUCCUACAUGUCUGGAGAGGGCUACCAGAGCCUGCAGUCCAUGAUGAAGACMGAGGUUCCUUCCUACGCCCCCAUGCCGCCCAGCUACGCUCCCCCGAUACCCCCGUAUCACCCCCACGUUUACCCGCCGAGCGCGGCGCCGCCUCCGGGUCCUCCGCCUCCUCCUUCCACUUACCCACCGCCCACCUUACCACCGACCUAUCCACCGCCGGGCUACAACAGCUACCCGCCACCGCCACCUCCACGCAUGCCACCGGGACACGUUCCCCCUCCGGGGAUCGGGCUCCCGCCUGCCGGGUACCCUCCCCCACCUCCUGUGCCCCCAGGACAGUCCCAAGUGCCGCUGCCCCCUCCGCCUGGGAUGCCUCUGAACCGUGGUGGGUGGCUGAGAUGAGAAGCUGGAGGGUGGAUCUGCAGACUGAACACAACCAGGAAGUGGUUUUCUGUUUCCAAACUAAGAGAAGUGGAGUUUAUUUUUCUGUGAAUCAGCAGGAGGUGAGAGAGAAAACCCAUCUGCAAAGGAGCUUUAAAUGAAAAGGAACAUUUUUAGUGUCAUCAUCGCACAUCUUCAUGAAUUUCUAAGGACGUAUUUUUUCUCUUUGUCCAACAUAUUGUCAUUAAUUAACCUGUUUUAGCUCAACUUGCAGCUCAGAGGUGAACUUUUCUCAUUUUUUAAAAUAAUUUCAUCAUAUGUUGUAGCUCUGCUUCAUUUCCUGAUAUUUUCUAUUACCUCCAUUCCUGCAGGGAAAAAAAUGGUCAUCUGGCAUUUUAGUUUAAAGCAUUGUUUUUUUUUUCUUUUAGAACACUGGAGUUAUGUUGCAAAUCUUUUAUGCUACCAUAAUUUUUUUUAAUUAUACUAAUUCUUCUCAUUUCAUGAUGAGCGAAGGUGUCCUGCAGACUGUAUUAAACAAAAUCUCCAAAUAAAACCCUUGUGUAGUUAAACA